CACAAUUGCAUGUGCGCUUCAAGGUGCUUUGCAACGCCUGAUAAGGGUGGCGGCCCACCUCUCACUCACAAUGUUCUUCAUGAACAGCCUGAAUCAAACUAUGGUGCAUCAUCCAUCGAGGAGCGUGGUGAAGAUAUGUCAGGUAGUCUUGACCAUAGCUUGGAUCAUUGCGGCUGCCAUGUCGAGUCUACCGCUGUUUGCAUCGACGUCCUACCGCGACUACCCUAGCCUCUUCGCCUGUGACAUUGCUGACAUGCGAAUAUUGGUGACAUCGGACGGUUUCGUCUUCUGCAUGCCGGCCCUGGCGGUAUUGGCAAUGAGCCUGUAUAUAAUAGCGUCGGAGCCGUUUCGACACCGAUUGAGCUAUGCUGUAACCCCUGGUCGCGUGGACAUCCACUCGUGUGAAGACUUGCAGAUUAUGAAGCGGGGAGCUAAAGCUGGUGUAGUCAUCUCUGCCGCCAUGUUUAUGGAUUGGAUAGUUCGCAUAACUGCGGUGCUUGGGACUGAUAUCUCUUCAAAGUCUCUGUUGACUUUAUCCGUAUUUUUCAUGCUAAUAAAUGUGUUGUGUGUCCCGUCAUGUCUUCUCCUAGUGUCUCGACUCCCUGCAGUACAGAUCUCCUUCCAGAACAGCCCCGAAGGCAUGGGAUAUACAAACCCGGAGACCAGUUUCCACUUCCCCCCACUACGCGCCGACUUCAACGUAAACUCAGUAUCCUCCUCGACUGACGUAAACAUUCGCGCUGCAGAUCUUUGUCUGAAUCAGGACGUAUACAGAAGGGGUUUUCAGCACAUCCCUUGUGGACGAGAUCUUCAAAAUACUCCAGAUGGACGUGAUCUUCAAAAUACUCCAGAUGGACGAGACCUUCAAAAUACUCCAGAUGGACGUGAUCUUCAAAAUACUCUAGAUGGACGAGAUCUUCAAAAUACUCCAGAUGGACGUGAUCUUCAAAAUACUCCAGAUCUUCAAAAUACUCUAUGUGAACGGGUAUUUCAUAAUUCCCCACCUGGACGGGAUCUUCAAAAUACCUCUUCAGAAGUUAAUGCUGAUUCUGUCUCAUCUUCAUUGGCACCGCAUCCAGAUCUGAAACGGAAUUCGGUAUCGUGUAUGUUGAGUGUCGGUUCUUGGAUAAACAAUGAGCAGAAAUAGAAGAUCGUCAAAUCGUCCAGGGGCCAGGAGCAGCAUCAUGUGCAGGUCUUGUCCUGAUGUCACCGAUCAGCUGGAAAUAUCGGGACACGCCUCAGUAACGAAGCUUUAUUCAGGGUCUUCAGGAGGCAUCAUUUGAAGCUUAGUAAAUGUUUUCUUAGAAAUUUAUUUGACAUGGGUAACAGUGCAACAGAACAAUCACAACACGUGUCAGGUGUUGAACAAUAGGACAAUCACAACAUGUGUCGGAUGUUGUACAAUAGGACAAUCACAACAUUUGUCAGGUGUUGCACAAUAGGACAAUCACAACAUGUGUCAGGUGC